CGCCGGCCUCCGCCAGUCUCAGUCGAACCGCCGUGGCGGCCGCAUGGUGUCGAUUAUUCUCUUCCGUCUCCUCCCGUCAUCCUGAUGGCCCGUUCAAGUUGAUUCUGCCCAGCAGCCAAGCAAAGCUAAAAGGAACCAAAUUUUCUUGUCAAUUCUCCAUCAUAAAUGUUGAAAUUUCACGGGAAGAAAAACAUUUUCUGCUGCCCGCUGCUCUUCGCCUUUUCACGUCUGACGCUCGUUCGCUGGUUGGCCACCAGUUUCAUCGGCGGCGCGGUCAUCGUCCUCUACCUCCUGCCCGCUUACCAGCACCGACAACAACAACAACAUCGCCAGGUCUCGUCGAUUGCCGGCCUAUCAUCGCUGGAUCAAGUUUUGUUGUUGUCCGACAACCGUCAUCCGAGCGGCAACAACAACCAACAACAACAGGGGCAACAACAACAACAGCAGCACAUCGUUAUCCUGUACUGGACCAAAUAUUUCGAAUACAACGACUUUGAAGUUGGGCUGGGGCGGACGCCGUUCACGACGGCCCAGUGUCCGCCAGAGCGUGGGACUUGCUGGACGACGACCGAUAGGGGGUUGCUGAACCGAAGUCAGGCCGUCAUUUUUCACGCCCGGGACCUCGAUCCCGACGACUUACCUCCGCCCGGAUGGCGUCGACCUCAUCAGCAGUUCAUCUUCUUCAAUUACGAGUCGCCCGUCCACACGGACCUGGCCAAGUUGCGAUUGUAUUUCAAUAAUUACUUCAACCGGACCAUGACUUAUCGACGGGACUCGGACGUCGUCAGCCUCCACCCUUACGGCCGGCUCAAAUGCCGGCCAUCAUCCGGCGACAGCGGCCGUUGUUUGAAUUUCCCGCGCUUUUCUUCGUUUGAAAAAAUGAACCAGACGACACCAGGGUGGGCGGAAGAGGAAGAAUUCCGGAUGGAUUUGACGCAGAAGAAACGGACGGCGGCCUGGUUCGUCUCCAACUGCGUGACGGACAGCCGGCGGGAGUCGCUGGUUCGCAACCUGUCGCUCUUCAUUCCGGUGGAUAUUUACGGCGAGUGCCACGGCGGCCACCAGUGCCGCAACCGGCCGGAAUGCGACCGGAUGCUCAGCCGCCAUUAUCGAUUUUAUUUGAGUUUCGAGAAUUCCCUGUGCCCGGAUUACGUGACGGAGAAACUCUACCGGGCCCUGGCUCACGACACGGUGCCGGUGGUUUACGGCGGAGCCGAUUAUUCCCUCUACCUUCCGGCCGGAUCGUACGUCGACGCCAGGGAUUUCGAGAGUCCGCAGAGCCUGGCCGAUCACCUCAAGAAAUUGAUGAGCGACGAUCGACUUUAUCUCAAACAUUUCACCUGGCGCCGGAAUUACGUAGUCGAUCCGGCGCCUUUAGACGGAUGGUGUCAGCUCUGCCGGCUGCUCAGCCAUCAGCCAAGCGCAACGGAAACCAAAACUUACCCGGACAUUGCAGCCUGGUGGGCCGGACGAACUACAGCCAACAACCAAUCCUGUUUUCCACCGCCCACUUCACUGGUGGACGAACCCCAAACCCCAACCCCGCCGGAAGAUCCUUCCGUUUCGGCAGACUACGUUCGACAACUAGUCAACAAACUCCGUCGGAUUAUCAUCUGACUCUUUCUCUCUAUACACUCAUCGAUCGUUACCAAAAAUAAAAAAAAAUAAAAAAAGAUAAAAGAUUUCGGAGAAAUUGACAUUUUCUUUUGUGAAUAUUUUUGAAUCCAGUGUUUGUAUUAUGCGGAAUAAUUUUGAUUUGGAUACUGUUUACGUUCAAAUUUUUACGGUUAAAUACAAAACGUCAGGGUUGUGAUGGCCCUUUUAUUAAAAU